UUAGGGUUUGGAGUUUAAAGGCAACCCUAGCUUCAGACGCUUCUGCAACGCCUAGGUUUUUAGCUGCUCCGUUUCACGUCCAUAGCACCUCGCAGCCUCCAACCAUGGCAGAGCAGACGGAGAAGGCUUUCUUGAAGCAGCCAGGAGUUUUUCUCAGCUCGAAGAAGACUGGUAAGGGAAAGCGGCCCGGUAAGGGAGGAAAUCGUUAUUGGAAGAGCAUUGGUCUCGGGUUCAAGACACCCCGUGAGGCUACUGAAGGAACAUAUAUUGAUAAGAAAUGCCCCUUCACUGGUACUGUUUCUAUCAGAGGUCGUAUCCUUGCUGGAACGUGCCACAGUGCAAAGAUGACCAGAACCAUUAUUGUUCGUCGUAACUACCUUCACUUUGUUAAGAAGUAUCAAAGGUAUGAGAAGCGCCACUCAAAUAUUGCUGCUCACAUUUCACCAUGCUUCCGUGUCAAGGAAGGGGAUCACGUAAUCAUUGGACAGUGCAGGCCAUUGUCCAAAACGGUUCGAUUCAAUGUGUUGAAGGUGAUCCCCGCUGGAUCUGCUGGUGGUGGGAAGAAGGCAUUCACCGGAAUGUGAACGCGAUGUGACCCUUUUUGUUAAAAAGUUUGUGCUAGAGCUGUUUUUAUUGUUUUCGUUGAACACAUUUUUAUUUCAUUGGAAUCUUAUCUAUAAUACUACUUGCAAUUGAUUUUGUGUACGUUGAAUUUACAAAUUGCUUAACUGAAAUUAAUGUUAACAGGGUUUUCUA